GGGACACACGACGGGGAUGCUGGUCUCCGCCCUCCUCGUUCUCCUCUUCUGCUUCAGAGGGCAUGCAGGCCCGUCGCCCCAUUUCCUGCAACAACCGGAUGACCUGGUAGCACUGCUGGGGGCUGAGGCCCGGCUGCCCUGUGCCCUGGGCGAAUACUGGGGGCUGGUUCAGUGGACCAAGGACGGGCUGGCUCUAGGGGGUGAAAGGGACCUACCAGGGUGGUCCCGGUACUGGAUAUCAGGGAACGCAGCCAGUGGCCAGCACGACCUUUACAUUAGGCCCGUGGAGCUAGAGGAUCAAGCAUCAUAUGAAUGUCAGGCUACACAAGCAGGCCUCCGCUCUCGGCCAGCCCAACUGCAUGUGCUGGUACCCCCAGAAGCCCCCCAGGUACUGGGAGGCCCCUUUGUGUCUCUGGUUGCUGGAGUUCCUGCAAAUCUGACCUGUCGGAGCCGUGGGGAUGCCCGCCCCAUCCCGGAGCUGCUGUGGUUCCGAGAUGGGAUCCGUCUGGAUGGGACCACCUUCCACCAGACCCUGCUGAAGGAAGGAACCACUAGGUCAGUGGAGAGCAUCUUAUCCUUGACUCCUUCCAGCACUGAUGACGGAGCCACCUUGGUCUGCCGGGCCCGGAGCCAGGCCCUGCCCUCAGGGAAGGAUACAGCUAUCACACUAAGCCUGCAGUAUCCCCCAGUGGUGACUCUGUCUGCAGAACCACAGAGUGUGCUGGAGGGAGAGAAGGUCACUUUCCUGUGCCAAGCAACAGCCCAACCUCCUGUCACAGGCUAUAGGUGGGCAAAGGGAGGUUCCCCCGUGCUCGGGGCCCGCGGACCAAUGUUGGAGGUUGUGGCAGACGCCUCUUUCCUGAUUGAGCCAGUGUCCUGCGAAGUCAGCAACGCAGUGGGUAGCGCCAACCGCAGCACAGCGCUGGACGUGCAGUUCGGGCCGAUUCUGCAGGCAAGGCCGGAGCCCAUGUCUGUAGACGUAGGGGGAGACGCUUCCUUCAGCUGUGCCUGGCGCGGGAACCCGCUCCCACGGGUAACUUGGACCCGCAGCGGAGACGCGCAGGUGCUGGGCUCUGGGCCCACGCUGCGUCUUCCGUCGGUGGGGCCCGAGGAUGCAGGCGACUACGUGUGCAGAGCUGAGCCGGGGCUCUCUGGCCUGGGGGGCGGCGCUGCGGAGGCUAGGUUGACUGUGAACGCUCCCCCAAUUGUGACCGCCCUGCAUUCUGCGCCCGCCUUCCUGAGGGGCCCCGCCCGCCUGCAAUGUCUAGUCUUUGCAUCUCCGGCCCCAGAUGCUGUGGUCUGGUCUUGGGAUGAGGGCUUUCUGGCGGCGGGGUCGCAGGGUCGGUUCCUGGUGGAGACAUUCCCAGCCCCGGAGGGCCGCGGGGGCCAGGGCCCAGCCCUGAUCUCUGUGCUACACAUUUCGGGGACCCUGGAAUCGGACUUCAGCAGGGGUUUCAACUGCAGUGCCAGGAACCGGUUGGGUGAGGGAGGCGCCCGGGUCAGCCUGGGGCGUAGAGACUUGCUGCCCACAGUGCGGAUUGUGGCUGCAGUGGCUGCUGCAGCCGUGACUCUUCUUAUGGUCAUCAUUGGGGUGGCCCUCUGCUGCUGGCGCCAUGGCAAGGCCUCAGCCUCUUUCUCCAAGCAAAAGAACCUGGUACGAAUCCCAGGCAGCAGUGAUGGCUCCAGUUCAAGAGGCCCUGAAGAGGAGGAGACCGGCAGUGGCGAGGACCGGGGCCCCAUCGUGCACACGGAUCACAGUGACCUGGUUCUGGAUGAGGAAGGGGCUCUGGAGACCAAGGACCCAACCAAUGGUUACUACAAGGUCCGAGGAGUCAGUGUGAGCCUGAGCCUUGGUGAAGGCCCUGGAGGCGGCCUCUUCUUGCCGCCCCCCUCCCCCCUUGGACCUCCAGGGACCCCUACCUUCUAUGACUUCAACCCACACCUAGGCAUGGUCCCACCCUGCAGACUGUAUAGAGCUCGGGCAGGUUAUCUCACCACACCCCAUCCUCGAGCUUUUACCAGCUACAUCAAACCUACAUCCAUUGGACCCCCAGAUCUGACCCCCAGGACUCCACCCUUCCCAUACGCUGCCUUCCCCACACCCAGCCACCCACGUCUCCAAACUCAUGUGUGACACCUCUCCAAGUGAAGAGUCCUGGGAUCUUCAACUUGCCAUAAUGGAUUGUCCUGAUUUCUGAGGAACCAGAACAAGAUGGUGACCUUACUCCUCCAAAAUUGAACACUGAUGGGAGAGAAAGAUCAUUACAAUUGUCUGGAUUACUGGUGUACAGUCAGCUCAGUCAAAGGGGACUGAGGUCCCCAAGUGGGAGCAAGAUGGCCACUAUGACCGACUAUUCCCCUGUGUAAAAGAGAUUCAAGAUGGCAGAUGGGCUCUUUGUAGAUGGACGGGGACAGGGGGUGAUGGGAUGGAAGGCAGGGAUGGAAAUUGUUUCCAGGUGUGGAAAGAAGAGAUUUCAAGAUGACCACCUAUACUGAGAAAAAGGCAACGUAGGUUAAGAUGGAGGCCAGACCAGGCCCUGUCCUGGUUCUCCCUGAGGGACCCUUUGCUUGGCCAAUUCAAGUGCAGCCAAGAUGGCUAAUUACUCUCUGGGAACCCCAGAUGGCCACCAUCUCGAUUCCUUUCAACUUCCUUAAGGGCCCUGGAUGAACUGAAUCCAAGGAAUGAAGAUAGGGUGAGAACCAUCAUGGGGAGA